UUCAACAGCUGACAGGCAGUAAAGACGAUCUGAAAAAAAAAAAGGCUGCUAGCACUACCGAACAAGAGCGGAGUCUGUCUCUUUCAAAGCAGCUAAUAUAAACUGCUGUCAAGUCAGCAGCAGCACAGUACGCCGUAUGCACUUGUUAGGGCGCUCGGUUUGAGUAACCAUUUCUUUUUUCGUUAUCAUACUACCUGGACGGUCAUUAUUCAUCGUUCUUUGCCUUUGUGGUUUCUAAAGAACCCCGCAACCCGGUCCCGAUGCCGAGGGAUGGAUAACGUGUCUGGCAAAGGUGGACAGAUGGUCGAGAAUGGUGCAGCUUUGGAACAGGGCAGUACUGCCAGGGCUGGUGUCGCCGGCUGUGGAGGGGGAGCCGCGAUGGCCGCUUUGCGGCAGUGUGAACUCAUCCAAAAUAUGAUCGACAUCUCUCUCUUGAACCUGCAAGGGCUCCGGACCAAAUGCGCAGCUUCCAACGACCUGACUCGACACGAGAUCCGCACUUUAGAGGUGAAGCUGGUGAAGUACAUCGGCAAGCAGCUGCAGUGUAAACACAAAGUGCCCACGAGCGAGUGGUCAGUGGCCCUGGACAGCUUCCCGCGACUGAGCGACUGGCUGAAGACUGUUAACCUGAGGAGACAGGUCACCCAGGCAGUUUCAGGGGAGCUCUCCCUCGAUGCUCUGCUGCAGAUGUCCAGCCUGCAGGUCAGUGACGCCAUGAGGCGAUUCGGCUCCAGCUCUGAGGAGUGCUCCCGGCUCAACGCUGCCCUCUCCUGUCUGAAGAACGCCUGUAAAUCAGGAGGAGAGCUCAGAGAAGACUCCUGCCAGUGGAGCUCUUCAGAAACGCAGAGACGAGAGAGCAGCAGGGCCCCGUCGGAGCAGCUGUCCUGUCCGGGGGGGUCUGUCUGGCCGCACAGCCCCUCCCCUCUCGCUCGCGUCCCGUGCAACCAGCCCCGUUCCAUCUCGGUGUCUGCCAUCCCCACCUCGGACUGCCCUGCGCCCUCGCACCCGGGGGUGUACCUCUAUAUGGACCCCUUCUCCCCCUGCACGCCCCCCCUCACGCCCCCCUCCAAGAGGAAGAGCAAGCUGAAGCCCCCCCGCACGCCGCCGCCCCCCUCUCGCAAGGUGCUGCACCUGCUGCCCGGCUUCUCCACCCUGACCCGGAGCAAGUCCCACGAGUCCCAGCUGGGGAACCGCAUCGAGGAGGUGCCCCAGAACAAGAGUGGUAAGAACAAGCUGCUCCUCAGCGUGCAGAUCAACGGGGGCGGUGGCUGUGAGGACGCUCCUGCCCGCUCUCCUCUGGUCUCCUUGAGAUCGCAGUGCCACCCCGCCCCCUCUCCCGCUCCCGCGGCCGGCUCGCACCCUCUCCCUGGCACCCCCACACUCCUCGACGAGUACAGCACCCAGAAGAAUAACAUCCAGCGUGGGUCCCCGCAAACAGCAAGAAGGGAUAUCGGGUUAGCAGUCACACACAGGUUCUCUACCAAGUCCUGGUUAUCUCAGACGUGCCAGGUGUGUCAGAAGAACAUGAUGUUCGGGGUGAAAUGUAAACACUGCAGAUUAAAGUGUCAUAACAAAUGUACAAAAGAAGCUCCUUCCUGCAGAAUAUCGUUUCUUCCUAUCGAAAAAAUCAGAAGAACGGAAUCGGUACCUUCGGAUAUCAAUAACCCGGUAGACAGGCCCGCGGAGGCACCUCAGUUUGGGACGCUUCCGAAGGCGCUGACCAAGAAGGAUCAUCCUCCAGCAGUGUGUCAGCUGGACUCCAGCAGUAACCCGUCAUCGACCACUUCCUCCACCCCCUCCUCUCCAGCCCCCUUCCAGCAGUCCAACCCCAACAGCGCCACCCCGCCCCCCAACCCCUCGCCCAAGGGUCACCGCGACAGCCGCUUCAACUUCCCCGCUGCCUGCUACUUUCAUCAUAGACAACAGUUUAUUUUCCCAGAUGUGCCCGGUUCACCACUGCCCGUGAUCAUGCAUACUGAAAAUCCAGAAGACUCUGUUGCGGUUCAGCCAUCAGAGACUGAAACGGAAGAGCAGGAAGUGGAGAAUGAGUCGGAGGAGCUGGAGGAGGGCGAGUCAGAGGAGGCGAAAGGGGAGUCGGAGGGGGAGUACGAAGCAGACGAGCUUGACGACCUCCCCAGCUCCCGGUGCCACUGGAAGGGGCCGAUCUCGCGCAAGGCCAGCCAGACCAGUGUCUACCUCCAGGAGUGGGACAUCCCCUUCGAGCAGCUGGAGCUGGGGGAGCUGAUCGGCAAAGGCCGCUGGGGCAAGGUGCACAAAGGCCGCUGGCACGGGGAGGUGGCCAUCCGGCUGCUGGAGAUCGACGGCAACAACCAGGACCAUCUGAAGCUCUUCAAGAAGGAGGUGAUGAACUACCGACAGACGCGCCACGAGAAUGUGGUGCUGUUCAUGGGAGCCUGCAUGCACCCGCCCCAUCUCGCCAUCAUCACCAGCUUCUGUAAAGGACGGACGCUCUACUCUGUUGUGAGAGAUGCCAAAAACACCCUAGAUAUCAACAAGACCCGCCAGAUCGCUCAGGAGAUCGUGCAGGGAAUGGGCUACCUGCAUGCGAAGGGCAUCGUCCACAAGGAUCUCAAGUCCAAGAAUGUGUUCUACGACACAAACAAAGUGAUCAUCACGGAUUUCGGACUCUUUGGAAUAUCUGGAGUUGUACAAGAAGGAAGGAGGGAGAACGAGCUGAAGCUGCCUCACGGCUGGAUCUGCUACCUGGCCCCGGAGAUCGUGCGUCAGAUGGCUCCAGCGAAGGAUGAGGACAGGCUGCCCUUUUCCAAAGCCGCCGACGUUUACGCGUUCGGGACGAUUUGGUACGAGCUGCAGGCCCGUGAUUGGCCCAUCAAGAACCAGCCGGCCGAGUCCACGAUAUGGCAGGUGGGCAGCGGAGAGGGCAUCAGGCAAGUCCUGGCACAGGUCAGCCUGGGCAAGGAGGUGACGGAAAUCUUAUCAGCGUGCUGGUCCUACGAGCCUCCUGAACGUCCCACCUUCACUCAGCUCACAGAUCUGCUGGAGAAACUGCCAAAACUCAACAGGAGGCUGUCCCACCCCGGCCACUUCUGGAAGUCUGCAGAGGAUUUACAAUUAGCCGUGCCAAAAAUCCAUAUUUUUUCAAGCGGGCUGCAAUCUGGGUUUUGCUAGGUGAGCCACCAUCCUGUUUUAAAAUCCUUGAAUUGCUUUUAUAAUGCUGAGUUCAAGCAGGGAGAAAACUCAUAACAGCCCCUUCAUCUGAUUGCACAGCUUCCUAAUAAGCUCGCCUACAGCUGUCGCCAAAAGUGUAACGGAGGUCACAGGAAAACAAAUGUGAAAGUUCGCUGUGUGUGACCGGGUCUGAAACCUGUGUCAGUUCCUUGUUUUUCAGAAGUACAAGCAGAAGGUUUCAGGCUUCAAUAUUAGUUUGAAAAAGAGAAUCACUUCAGUAAUUCUCAAACGGGGUGGGGCAGGUACACUUUUUACAUAUUAUAUUUGUUCCGUACUCUGCAAAGUUAUAUAGUUUUACAUGUAUGAAGAAAACUGUACUGAUUGCUUUCUUUGAUUGGAAUAAAAAAAUAAUAAUAUGAAACAGCAGAUAUAUUCUGGUGCAUGAUAACAUAUUACAGCAAGCCAUCUCGUUGUGUUGCAUCUUGUGAAAACUCCCUAGUGCUUCUGAAGCCUCUGUUCUUCAUCAUCAUCGUCAUCAUCAUCCAUUCGCAGAAUCAUUUUCUGAAAGUGAUCCCAGCAGAUUUACUCACUUGCCUGUCCUUAGCUUUUGGCCACAGCUGUACCCUGUAUACCCAUGUGUGCAAACAGUUGUGAUGUCUGUUUUUUCUUUUUUAUCCUUUUCCAAUGCCUGUUCUUGUGGUUCUCUGAUGAGCCUGUGAUGUGUGAUUCCCUACCAACCCCCCUCUGGAUAUCUAGACAUGCCUACCUGACUGGUUAACCUCUCUGGACAUUCUCCUCUCCUCUCGCCUCCUGACUUGCCCCCGCCCCCCUCCUGCUCUGCCUGUCUGUGUGUCUACCAUGCUGAUAAACGCUGGCACCAUUACUGUCCGAGCGGGCAGUGCUCUCACCAGGGCCUGCAUUCUUACUGCGCGGUCAUUUACAAAUGCAAUCCCCCUUCUCUGUCCCUGAUCAUUGUAAUACAAGUUCUGCAAAACUAGCAUGCCACCAUUUUCCUUCUGUGCCUCUCUGUCGCUCGUUUUGAUCUGCUGUUCUUUCGACUAACCUGCCUUCCUGUGCCUCUUUUUUUUCUUUUCUUCUCCUUUUAAUAGGUUGUAGCUGUCGGAGGAAUAACUGCGGCUGCCUUGCAUUGCUUCCAAACAAAGCACUUUCCUCCUAAACUACAACAACAAAUCAACCGCUGCUGCUGCUUCCAUUAACAAAACAAAAAACUAAUCCAUCUUCCAGCUGGAACGGUCGGACGUGACGACGAAUCGGCCAGCUUGAUUAACCCCUUCCUGACCUCCUUCCCUACACGCCUUGUGUUUUUGAAGUCCUUGUCCUGGGUCUGAUCUGUAUGCAGAAAGCGUUCCUUCUGUAAACCAGUGUAAUAGGAGUAUUGGUAGCAGAAGCUGGAGCGGUAACAGGGGACUGGUUUCUUUUGUUACAGCAGCACUGCUUCUUUUCUAUAAACCGCUGCAAAGUAAUCGGUUCAUGUGAAGCAAGUUUCGCAAUACUACUGAUGGAACGAACGCCACGGAGAGCUUUCAUGACCGCUGAACGAUUGGAAGAUGAAUGAAGGGAGAUUUGAUGCUCUAUCUAGUGGAGAAUCAGACUUCCACUGACGCUUCUCAGACACUCUUGAGCACAUACGAGACGGGACCCCUUGUAUGAUCUGUAAAGAUCACAUGCACAGGCUCCUGUGGGUGAAGCCCUCGUGGCUUGAAGCGAUUGUGCACUGCUGGGCCCAGUUUCAUUUCGGAGGGCACCGUUUAUCUAAAAAUCCAUAUUCAUUUUUAAUACAGGCUGUCUGGGCUGUCCUUAACCCUUUCAGUGUGAAAUCCCGUUGGAAUCUCACGGGACUCCUAGGGCCCAGUCUGAGGUUGUGUAGGAAUAUAUUACUUGACUCUCGUAUGCUCAAUAAAGGAGUUCCUUCAGAAUUCAGGACUGAAAGGGUUAACGCGUCUGCUCCCUGUUUUUUUUUUUCAUUUCCUCCCUCCCUGUUUAAUUGCCCCACCCCAGCACAAACUGUAGCAAAGCUGUCUUCCGGUGUGAAAGGCUUGGCUUGGUAGUCCUGGCUGUGGAUUGAUUUACAUUUGGAAAGCUCAACAAGGGAGUCUGAAGUUUGUGAGUGUGUUUUUAGAGGGUGAGGCAGUAUGUGCCACAUUGUUUAAAAAGAUUGCAUUGAUUAGAAUAACUAGCUCCUGCUUAAAUAGCCUGUGACUGCGCUUCAUUGAAUUAGGGCUCUUCCUCCUGUCAAGUGCAUGUUAGAAUACGCUCUAGCACAAACCACUCUGUCUCAGCAAUACCCUCCCGUGAUCUCCUUACAACGACUGGUGGGGCAGAUUAAUAACAAGUGCAGGAGCACAUACGACUUUGGAGCUCCCCUGGCAUGGAGGAUUCUCCAGCCGUUCCUUCUAGCUGUGUGUUUGAAUGUAACAUUACGGUAGUUGCUGUUGCAACAGAAAACGACAAGAGCAUAUGUUUGUUUGUUUUGUUUUGUUUUUAAACGUUUGGUUAAAGUCUUAAAACAUGCAUCAUGAAUGUAAAGUUCUGUAUAUGAUAUUUUGUUUUCUACUUUUUACACAGCUAGGUUGUAGCAUUUUUUAAAACAUUUUUUUUUUCUGGUACUGAUAAAAGUUGUGAACAGUUUUGAAAGACGACUGAACUCAGCUUGCUGUGUUUAAUUUUUUUAUUAUUAUUUUUUUUAACAGAAUUUUUUCAAAGUUUUAAAUUAUUAACCAAGCUAAAUAAAAACAAAUAACAUAUUUAAAGAGAAGUUUGCCGCUAGAGGGGCAGUCUUAAAUUGGUAGAACAUAAUUAAUAAUAAUAAUAAUAAUAAUAAUAAUAAUAAUAAUAAUAAUAAUAAUAAUAACCUUUCAAAACUGUGAUGAGUUUAUUUGACCGGAAUGUGACUGGAUAAGGGCAUCUGCGAAGAAAUAAAUAAAUAAAUAAUAAUCAGACCAGGAGGUUAUGUUUUAAUCUGUAAAAAAAUCAAGAAAGAAACCCGUUUUGGAUUUUAAAAGGUGCCGUUUUUAACACAGUAGCGUGUGCUUGGAUGUGGAGCAGUUCUUCAUGUCCUCCUUCCUAGCGUUAUGUGGAUCUUCUCAAAGCGUGCAGAUUCACCUGUGUACCUGCUGCACACGACACAGCUAAUGUUUUAAGCAAUGUUACAGUAAUGGUAAUUCAAGGGAAGAUAACAACAGUGUGUUCAGUAUUGCCCCUCUUUUUAGAUGUAAAAAUAUUUUAGUAUUUUUUUUGGUUUUGUUUUUGGAAUGUGAUGUAAAAAUGUGUACAGUAUAUAAAAAAAUAAUAAUAAUAAUUAUUUUUUCUAUAAACUGGGGUUUGCCUUCCUGGAGUCUCUAUGAAUGAAUGUAUAUAAGACUUCGUAUUAACAGGUUCGUUGUUAGUUUGUGCAACCUUUUAUGAGUGCACUGUAUGCUGAUGAGGAACUCUCCCACACUCUCCCCAAUAAAGAAAAUUGCCACUUCACAUUUAA